ACCAGGGCAGACGGCAUGGCGCACAAGCAGGCAGUGAAUGGACAUGCCACCCCCACAGCUCACCCAGACGACACCCCAGGAGAAAGUCACUUCCAUCAGGACAUGCAGCCUGGCAAGCAGGGACAGAGGGGUGUGGAGCCCCACGGGGUCAGAGAGCCCCGGCCGGAGACCGGGACCAUUGCUGGGGUGUACGUGGAGGCUUCCAAGAAGACAAUGAGUUUUUAUGAUGCCACCAGAGAGCAUUUCCUGAUGUCUGAGCCAGCACUUGCUCUUCUGGAGGCUCAGGCAGCCACAGGCUCCCUCAUUGACCCGGUGCGAAACAAGCGGCUCUGCGUGGCAGAGGCCAUGAGACUGGGGCUGGUAGGCCUGGAGCUGAAAGAAAAGCUGCUGUCUGCAGAGAGAGCAGCAACUGGCUUCAUGGACCCCUACACGGAUGAGAAGAUCUCGCUCUAUCAAGCCAUCCAAAAAGAGCUGCUCGGGCGGGAGCAGGGCGCCCGUCUGCUGGAGGUCCAGAUCGCCACAGGGGGCCUCGUGGAUCCAGCCACCGGCCACCGUGUCCCCAUGGAGGUUACCUACGAGCAGGGACACUUUGGUGACGAGAUGAGCCAGCUCCUUUCUGACCCCAGCUCUGCUGCUGCCAGAGGGUUUCUUGACCCAAACACCAGCGAGAGGGUCACCUAUCGGGAGCUUAAGAAACGAUGCAUGAUCGAUCCGGCCACAGGGCUCCUCCUCUUGCCUCUGAAAAUCACCUUCCCGGGGCUGAGAGGGAGAGUGAGCAGCAGUGAGUUGCUCAGCUCCAGCAUCAUCGACAUGGAAACAUUCAGGGCCCUCCAGGAAGGCCGGGUCUCCGUCCAGGAGGUAGCAGAGAUGGACCAUGUUCAGCAGUACCUGGAGGGCACGGGAGGCAUUGCAGGUGUUGCCGUACUGCCUAUCGGUGAGAGGAAGAGUCUGUACCAAGCGCUGACAGAGCACCUCCUCAUGCCAGGCACAGCACUGGCCCUCCUGCAGGCCCAGGCUGCCACUGCCUGCCUGACAGAGCCCACCAAGAACCAGAGACUCUCAGUUGACGAUGCUGUCAAGGCUGGUGUGGUUGGGCCGGAGCUCUAUGAGAAGCUGUCAUCCGCUGAGAGAGCCGUCACUGGGUACCGAGACCCCUGCACUGGGGAGCUGCUCUCUCUGUUUCAAGCCAUGAAUAAGGGGCUCGUUGCCAGGGCCCAGGGGACUUACCUACUGGAGGCCCAGCUGGCCACCGGUGGCCUCAUCGAUCCAGUCCACAAUCACCGUGUCCCAGUGGAGAUGGCCUGCCAACGGGGCUACCUCGAUGAAGAGAUGAAGCGGCUCCUCUUCCAUCCCACCCAUGACAUCAAAGGGUUCUUUGACCCCAACACGAAGGAGACCGUGAUGUACGCAGAGUUAUUGGAGAGGUGCGUCACUGACCCAGACACCGGUCUCCGCCUGCUGCCACUCUUCGGAGAUGAUGGGGAAGGGUCUCGGGGCAUGCAGUCCUUCAUUGACCACAGGACCCGAAUGGCUUUGGAAAACACAACAGUACCUGUGGCCUGUGGCAAAUUCAAGGGGAAGUCGGUGUCGCUCUGGAAACUCCUCUUCUCAGACUACUUCACAAGUGCACAAAGGGCCACGCUUACCCAGCAGUGCCGCACCGCGACUCUCUCCCUGCAAGAACUGGCUAAGACCGUCAGCACCACUGUUCAGCAAAUGGCUUCCACUGCCAAUAUCACCUUUGAAGGCCUGAGGCACAAGGUGACCCCUAGCCAGCUCCUGAGUGCUGAAAUCAUCAACAGGGAUUUGUUUGAGAAGCUGAGCCAAGGGGAGACAUCCGCCAGAGAAGUUGUCGGCAUGGACACAGUCAGGAAGUACCUGGAAGGGACAGGCAGUAUCAGUGGGCUGCUGCUGCCCGAUUCCCAGGAGAAAAUCAGCAUCUACCAGGCAAAGAGGAAAGGCCUUCUAAUGCCAGGGACGUCCCUCAUCCUCCUCGAGGCACAGGCUGCCACUGGAUUCAUCAUCGACCCAGCUGCAAACAAGAAAUAUUCCGUGGAGGAGGCUCUGCGAGCCAGCGUCAUCGGCCCAGAUAUUUACAACAAGCUGCUGGCAGCACAGAAAGCAGUCACUGGCUACAAAGACCCCUACACCGGCAACAAGAUCUCCCUCUUCCAGGCCAUGAGCAAAGGCCACAUUGUCAGAGACCACGGCAUCCGCCUGCUGGAGGCCCAGAUCGCCACCGGCGGCAUCAUUGACCCCGUGCACAGCCACCGAAUCCCCGUGGAGGUGGCUUACAAGCGGGGCUACUUCGACAAGAAGAUGAACUUGAUCCUCUCUGACCCCAGCGAUGACACCAAGGGCUUCUUCGACCCCAACACGCACGAGAACCUCACGUACUUGCAGCUGAAGGAGAAGUGCAUCACAGAGCCCUCCACUGGACUCUGCCUCCUGCCUCUGAACAGCAAGAAGCGCCAGUUCAUCAAUGACACCACCAAACAAGCCUUCAGGAGCACGUGGCUCCUCGUGAAGUACGGGAGGUUCCGAGGAGAAAGGGUCUCCGUGUGGGACCUGUUGAACUCUGAGUAUUUCAGCGAGGGAAAGCGGCGGGAGAUAUUUAAUCACUACCAGCUGCGGAAGCUCACCCUGGAGCAGAUCAGACUCAUGUUGGAGGAAGAGAUGAAAAAAUGGGCCCACAUCAAAUUCCCAGCCAUGAGAGGCAGCGUCACGGCCUACCACCUGCUAGAAACUGGCAUCAUAGACAAGGCCCUGUUUGAGAGGGUGCUGGAGGGAGCUGUGAGCCCGGAGGAUGUCCUGCGCAUGGACUCUGUCCGGAAAUACCUCUAUGGCUCCGGCAGCAUCGGGGGGAUCGUGCUCCAGCCAUCGAACCAGAGAUUGAGCAUCUAUGAGGCCAUGAAGCAGAAGAUUGUGAUGCCAGGGGUGGCUCUCCCACUGCUCGAGGCCCAGGCCGCUACUGGUUUCGUCAUCGACCCAGUGAACAACCAGAAGCUGUGCGUUGAUGAAGCCGUAAGGGAAGGGGUUAUUGGGCCAGAACUCCAUGAGAAACUGCAGCACGCGGAAGGAGCUGUAAUGGGCUAUAAAGACCCUUUCACUGGGGAAAAGAUCUCCCUCUUCCAAGCCAUGAAGAAGGGCCUCAUCGCCGACAAACAGGCUGUUCAGCUCAUGGAAGCCCAAAUUGCCACAGGAGGCAUCAUUGACCCCCACCGCGGCCACUAUGUCCCUGUGGAAUUUGCCCAGAAACAAGGCUACUUGGAUGAGGACAUGAGCAAAACUCUCUCUGGUGCCUCUGAUAAUACCAGGGUCUACUGUGUCCCCAACAGCAAGGAGCCUAUGACCUACGCUCAGCUCAUCGCGCGCUGCCAGAAGGACAAAAACUCUGGUCUCCACUUGCUGCCUUUGCCACAGACAGCUGUGCCUGUCCGCACGGAUGAACAGAUCCAGCAGCUAUUCAAGGAGACCAUGGUGAAGGAGAAAGGGGUCUCCCUCUGGGAGCUGAUCCACUCUGGCUACUUCACUGAGGAGCAGAGAAAUGACUUUGUGGAGAAGUACCGGUCUGAGGACGUGUCUGUCUGGCAGCUGGUCACUCUUGUCCUGAAGCUUGUUGAGGAAAUAGAGAUGAAAGCCCAUACCCACAUCACCUUCGAAGGCCUGAGGGGCAGUGUGCCUGCCGUCUGGCUGCUCGAUGCUGGCAUCAUUACCGAGAAGAUGUUCGAGGAUCUGGCUCAGGGAACACAAACGGCCAGAGAAGUAGCCGAGAUGGAGAGCGUGAAGAGAUACUUACAGGGCACGGGGAGCAUUGCUGGGAUUUUUAUACAGGCCUCCAAGAAGAGAAUGAGCAUUUACCAAGCAAUGAAAAACAAUCUCCUCCUGCAGGGGACAGGGGUGUUGUUGCUAGAGGCUCAAGCAGCUACAGGAGCUGUUAUAGAUCCAGUAACAAACCAGAAACUUGGUGUGGAGGAGGCCGUCAAAGCAGCCAUUGUCGGUGAGGAACUCAUGGAGAAGCUGCUUCUAGCAGAGAGAGCAGUGACCGGUUACACAGACCCAUACACGGGGAACUCAAUCUCAGUCUGUCAAGCAAUCAGGAAAGGCCUUAUUCCCAUGAGCGAUGGUGUUCCUUUAAUAGAGGCCCAGCUGGCUACAGGAGGGGUCAUCGAUCCCAUCCACCAUCAUCAUCUUCCUCUUCCUGCAGCCUACAUGCACGGCUUUUAUGAUGAAGAAAUGAACCAGGCCCUAUCCCAGCCCACUGACAUCACCAAAGUCUUCUUUGAUCCAAACACAAAAGAAAACUUGACCUACCAGCAGCUGAAAGACAGGUGUGUCCCUGAUGCUGAAACAGGCCUCUGGCUACUACCUCUGUCUGAAACUGCAGCAUUCUAUGUGGACAAACAAACCAUGGAGGUGCUGAAAUCUGUGACAGUCUGUGUAGCAGUAGGACGGUUCAAAGGGCAUACAGUUUCCCUCUGGGACCUUCUCAACUCCGAGUACAUCACAGACUGCAAGCAGAGAGAGCUGGUGGGAUUAUACAAAGAGGAGAAUGCUGUGGCCCUGCAAGAAAUCAUCACCACCGUUACCACAAUCAUUGAAGAAACUGAGAAGCAAGGCAAGAGGUUCACGUUCAAGGGCCUGCGGAAGCAGGUGUCUGCCAGUGACCUCUUCCAGUCUCAGCUGAUAGACAAGAAAACCCUGGAUGAACUCAAGCAGGGACAGAAAACUGUCAAAGAAGUCACAGAGAUGGACUCCGUCCGGAGAUACCUGGAGGGGGGUAACUUCAUAGCUGGAGUGUUAGUACAGCCAGCCAAUGAGAAGAUGAGCAUCUACCAGGCUAUGACGAGAGGAAUGCUGAGGCCGGGCACCGCCUUGGUGUUGCUGGAGGCGCAGGCUGCUACCGGGUUCAUUAUUGACCCGGUGAAGAACAAGAGGCUGUCAGUGGAGGAGGCACUCGCUGCUGGGCUCAUUGGACAACAGGUCUAUGAGAAGCUGCUGUCUGCAGAGAGAGCAGUGACCGGCUACACUGACCCCUUCACAAAAGGCCAAAUCUCCCUCUUCGAAGCCAUGAACCGGGGGCUUAUCCUCAAGAGCCACGGCAUCCGCCUGCUGGAGGCCCAGAUCGCCACCGGCGGCAUCAUCGACCCCGUGCACAGUCACCGCCUCCCCGUGGAGGUGGCUUACAAGCGGGGCUACUUUGACGAAGAGAUGAACCGCAUCCUCUCUGACCCCAGCGACGACACCAAGGGCUUCUUCGACCCCAACACUCACGAGAACCUCACCUACAUGCAGCUCCUCAGCAGAUGCGUCCCAGACCCAGACACGGGGCUCCUGAUGCUUCAGCUGAUGCACAAAGGCUCCGUGCUCUUCCAGCUAGAUGAAAAAACACGAACCUGCUUACAGUCUGCCCCUGCCACCGUCAGCGUGGGACUCUUCCAGGGGCAGAAGGUGACCGUGUGGGAGCUUCUCUUCUCCAGAUACGUCCCUGACCAGAAAAGGCAGGAGCUUCUGAAGAAGUACAAAGCGGGGACGCUAACCAUUCAGGAAAUGACAACCAUCAUCACCACCCUCAUCACCGAGGCAGAGCAAAAGAGCAGCCGAGAGCCCAGGCCCGUGAAAAGUCCGAGCACGCAACGGGCAACGUCACAGAAGGCCGAGGCUGCCCAUUCGCAGAGAGAUGAAAAACGGGAAAAGGCCUUAAAGACUACGACAGUCGACGGGCCGGGGGGCGAGUUCCAAGGGCGAAAGGUCUCUGUGUGGGAUCUGCUCUUCUCCAAAUACGUCCUUGAAGAGAAAAGACAAGAGCUUCUGAAGAAGUACAAAGCAGGGACGCUAACCAUUCAAGAAAUGAUAACCGUCCUCACCACCAUCAUCACCGAGACAGAGAAAAAGAGCGGCAAACAGCCCAGCGGGGUGGAAGGCCCCUGCCGAGAGGAGAGAACAUCCGGGAGAGCUGCCAGCGCCCCUUCUCCACAGGACCAACAAGCGGAAAAGACUCUCCGGCUCGCGACCGUCGACGUAUCGGUCGGCGAGUUCCAAGGGCGAAAGGUCUCCGUGUGGGAACUUCUCUUCUCCAAAUACCUCUCGGAAGAGAAAAGGCAGGAGCUCCUGGAGAAGUACAGAGCGGGGACCGUGACUCUGGAGGAGCUGGUCAGAAUCCUCACCACCAUCGUUGAGCAGACAGAAGAGAGAAGCAGCAAAGUGAAGUUCUCAGGCCUCAGGAGGCAGGUGACUGCCUCAGAGCUGUUCAGCUCUGACAUUAUUGACCAGGACACGCUGACUGAACUCACCCAGGGCACCAAGACGGUGCAGGAGAUCACGGAAAUGGAUUCCGUAAAGAGAUACCUGGAAGGAACUAGCUGCAUUGCCGGAGUCCUGGUGCCGUCCAACACGGACCCGUCCAAGACAGAGAAGAUGAGCAUCUACCAGGCCAUGGGGAAGGGCAUUCUGAGGCCGGGCACCGCGCUGGUGCUGCUGGAGGCGCAGGCUGCCAGCGGCUUUAUCACCGACCCGCUGAAGAACGAGAAGCUGUCCGUCGAUGAAGCCGUCUCCGCCGGCCUGGUGGGCAGUGAGAUUCACGAGAAGCUGCUCUCUGCAGAGAGAGCAGUGACCGGCUACACUGACCCCUACACGGGCAACAAGAUCUCCCUCUUCCAGGCCAUGAAGAAAGACCUGAUAGUCAAAGACCACGGCAUCCGCCUGCUGGAGGCCCAGAUCGCCACCGGCGGCAUCAUCGACCCCGUGCACAGUCACCGCCUCCCCGUGGAGGUGGCUUACAAGCGGGGCUACUUCGACGAAGAGAUGAACCGCAUCCUCUCUGACCCCAGCGACGACACCAAGGGCUUCUUCGACCCCAACACUCACGAGAACCUCACCUACAUGCAGCUCCUCAGCAGAUGCGUCCCAGACCCAGACACGGGGCUCUGUUUGCUGAAGGUGGGGAUGGACUAAUUAUAUUUCAUUUUAUCACUCUGAUCCCAGUUUUGUUUUGUGUUGCAAAUAGCACUUUUCAUCCCUUUGUCUCCACUCAUUCUGUCUCUGUGAGCACCAGAAUUCUGUCCCUCUGAUGGUGUGGUGAAGUUCCCAGCGUGCUUUGCAGAACGAAGAUCUUAGUGAUUCUUCUCUUUAUUAUCACCCCCUUUUACCCAGGUCUGUCCACUAGCUGCUUGCUGUGGAAUGCCAUGUUAUUUGUCUCCCAUGUUGUCAGGGAUAUUGGGUCCCUGAUAUUGUCCAGUGCUCUGGGUCAUGCGGGAAUCGUACGGAAUAACCGUAGGGAAUCUCAGGGUAACGUGCAAUGCCUGUGACGCUCCUGCACCACACAGCGCAUUGUGGGAAGGAAAAGCGCUCAGUGCAGGCUGCGGUAAGGGAGGAAGUGGCUGGGUCUUCUCUUCACAGUUUCUCCUCAGGAUAGUUCUAGAACCGGAAUUCCAAAGUUUCUGCAGGUCAGAGUUGAGGCACAUGGGUGGGCUCGCCCUGGAUUGGAGUGGCAGGGGAAGACUGUAGAUCUGGAUCGAGGAGUAUCAGCAACGCUGGGUGGGGGCCAGAACUGGAAGACCAUGGGGACUUCGGGGGGAGUGUGGGGCACUAGCAGAGCUGAGCAGCAGACGGCUUCACAGCAUUGGCCUGCACUAUUCUAGUCGAUUAGAUUUAGUUUCUCCAAGUGCAAUCCUCCCUGAGCGAUCUAAUACUAUGUGAGUCUGUAGCUGGGGAUAUUGUGUGCCUCCCGUUACAAGCACUAGACUUACUCACAAACACAGUAGUAUAUUGUUUUCAAAAUCCCCCUUCCUCCCUGACAGCUGCCCUUGACCUGAGGUCUAUGGAAUCUAGCCAGGAGCUGAGGAAUCGCGUGGCGUAUUUUCAUAAGGGUUUGUUUACUCAAACUUUAGGCGGGGAGGGAUAGCUCAGUGGUUUGAGCAUUGGCCUGCUAAACCCAGGGUUGUGAGUUCAAUCCUU